AUGACAUCUGUCCGCGAGUCUCGCACACAAGCGCGCUCGAAGGAACUGCCUCGGCUGCGGUUCGACGACUUUUCGUACGAAUCCCGAAUCUCGGGACCCCAGUCACCGAAACGGCCCCCUCCGCCGCGCCAUCGAGCGUCGUGGGCUUUCCCGUUGAGGCGUGGACCGGGCUUCACAUUGGACUCAUCUCCAUCCACCGCGCCCGACACUGAUGCAAACACCACGUCGACAGUCUCGAGCGGCGCAUCUCCGAUUGAGCCCCCGCCUUCUGGUAUCAUGAAGACAAUGGAGUUCCAGCUAUCUUACGAGUCGAGGACGUGGACGAGACGUGGCAAGACAUUCCCUCAGGGCGAGGGGCUGCCGUUGCGGCCAUCCACGAUCUCGGAUAUGAGAAGCAUCACAAGCGGCAACCUGGAAAUCUUUUGUGGAGGCGCGUCCACGACCUCACUCAAUAUCGAUACCGACGCUAGACUCCAGCGGGAAUCUCACAGACACUCGUCUCCGCCCGCGUCAUCUUGGAGCUGGCUUGCGAACGGUCAUUCGAGACCGGUUUCGAUGAAUGGGGUUGUGAAACUUCCAUUGGAGCCGACAGCACCGAUUGCGCACGAGAAGCAGUAA